AUGGCGGAUUCGAUUUCAUCAGUCUGUAACCUAGCGGUUCUCGACAGGCUCAGCGACGACUCCAUCAACGAAAUCCUCGAAAGCUACAGCGGCUUCUGCGCCGCAACAGACACCCUUCUGACCGGCGCCGGCGACCUCUCCGCCGGUCAGCAGAUCGUAUCUCACGUGCACGGCCUCUGCAAGCACGGGCUCGAGUCCCUCCUCCGCGACUACUUCCUCGGCGCUCUCGAGCGAACCUUCGAGAAAAAUGGCGCCUUGAAAUUUUGGCGGCAUUUCGAGGAGUACGACGGCGACGGUUCGAUCGAGGAGGAAGUGUUCUACAACGCUCUGGAAGAAAUAGCAAUGGAAAAGCAGUACCAGGAGAAGUGCUUAUUGAUUCUGGUUCACGCUUUGCAGUCUUACAACCAAGGGAGCCAUGAUUCUGAUGAUUAUAGAGCGGAGCUUUUUGCUAAGUACCAGUUAUCAGUGUCUUCGGUUCUUAUGGCAACUCUCCCUCGACAUUUUCCAGAGGUACUCCACUGGUAUUUUAAGGGAAGGUUGGAGGAACUGAGUACUAUGAUGGGCGGUGAAUUCCCGCGUGACCACGAUGAGGAUGAUGGUGCAGAUGAUAUGGAUGUGGAUGACAAAUGCAAAGUCUCAUACAGGAGUGGACAGAUGGAGAUUGAUGAGUGCUAUCCCCAAGGCAGGUUCUUGGACAACAAUAAAUUGGUGAACAACAUUGGGAAGGUUGUUCGCGAUCUUAGAAGUCUCGGGUUUACAUCUAUGGCUGAAGAUGCCUAUGCCUCUGCUAUAUUUUUGUUUCUAAAGGCCAAAGUUCAUGAUCUUGCUGGUGAUGAUUACCGGGUUUCUUUUUUGGAGUCCAUUAAGCGGUGGAUACAGGCGGUGCCUCUUCAGUUCUUGCAUGCUCUUCUUGCUUAUCUUGGUGACACUGUUAGUUAUGAUAGUGCUUCAUCUGGUCUCAAGUCACCUUUGGCUUCAUGCCCUUCUACAUUUUAUCCUGGAAUCGACAUUCCAUCAGAAGGACUUGUUAGAUGGCAGUUGCGACUUGAGUAUUUUGCUUAUGAAACUUUGCAAGAUUUAAGAAUAGCCAAGUUAUUUGAGAUUAUUGUGGAUUAUCCUGACAGCGCUCCUGCGAUUGAAGAUUUGAAACAAUGUCUUGAAUACACUGGACAGCAUUCUAAGCUGGUUGAGUCAUUUAUCACUGCACUGCGUUAUCGUUUACUUACUGCAGGUGCCUCAACCAAUGACAUUUUGCAUCAAUAUGUUUCCACGAUUAAAGCACUCCGGACAAUAGAUCCAGCAGGUGUUUUCCUCGAAUCAGUUGGCGAACCAAUAAGGGACUAUUUGAGGGGAAGGAAAGACACCAUAAAGUGCAUUGUGACCAUGCUUACAGAUGGCACUGGUGGGAAUUCAAAUGUGUCUGGAAACACUGGGGAUAGCCUUCUUGAAGAAUUAAACAGAGACGAAGAAAAUCAAGAGAACACUGGUCUUGAUGAUGAUUUCCACACUGAUGACAAGCAAGCAUGGAUAAAUGCGUUGCGCUGGGAGCCUGACCCUGUAGAAGCUGAUCCCUUGAAGGGUAGCAGGAACCGAAGGAAGGUUGAUAUACUUGGGAUGAUUGUUGGCAUAAUUGGUUCAAAAGAUCAACUCGUUAAUGAGUACCGUGUUAUGCUGGCUGAAAAGCUUCUCAAUAAAUCUGAUUAUGACAUCGAUACAGAGAUACGUACUCUUGAGCUCCUCAAGAUACAUUUUGGAGAGAGCAGCAUGCAGAAAUGCGAGAUUAUGCUGAAUGAUCUGAUUGAUUCUAAGAGGACUAACAGCAAUAUUAAAGCAACCAUAAGUCAGCCGUCUCAAACGGGUACUGAUCUGGGAGAUAAAGGGGUGUCCAUGGAUAAUUUUGAUGCUACAAUCAUCUCUUCAAAUUUCUGGCCUCAAAUCCAGGAUGAGUCCCUCAAUGUACCUGGGCCUGUUGACCAACUACUAUCUGAUUAUGCAAAGAGGUUUAAUGAAAUCAAGACACCCCGUAAACUAUUAUGGAAGAAAAGUCUUGGUACUGUCAAGUUGGAGUUGCAAUUUGAUGAUAGGACAGUGCAAUUCAUGGUUGCUCCCAUACAAGCAGCAAUUAUAAUGCAAUUUCAAGAUCAGACAAGCUGGACCUCUAAGGAUCUUGCAGCUGCAAUUGGGGUUCCAGUAGACGUACUUAAUCGCAGGAUAAAUUUCUGGAUCAGCAAGGGAAUUCUUGCAGAAUCACCCAGGGCAGACUCUGAAGACCACAUGUUUACACUAAUGGAAGGCAUGGUUGACACGGGUAAAAAUGGUGGUAACAAUGGGAGCAUUGAGGAUCUUGUAGUUGGUGAUGAGGAGGGAGAGAGCUCUGUGGCUUCGGUAGAGGAUCAACUGCGCAAGGAAAUGACUGUGUAUGAGAAAUUUAUCUUGGGGAUGCUCACAAACUUCGGAAGCAUGGCAUUAGAUCGAAUUCAUAAUACUCUCAAGAUGUUCUGUAUAGCGGAUCCACCUUACGACAAAACUCUCCAGCAGCUACAGAGUUUCUUAUCGGGUCUGGUCUCCGAAGAGAAGUUAGAAGUAAGAGAUGGAAUGUACGUUUUGAAAAAGUAAUUACUAAACAGAUUUGCAAUGUAUUCUUUAGCACCCUAAUCAUUUGGUAAAUUUAUAGAGCUUGGCAAAAUGCAUCGGCUUCAUUUCGUACA